AUGCAGCUCUUCUCGCUAGCCGCCAUGGGCCUGCUGGCGUUGGCAAUCGUCCAGGCCAAGGACAUGUCGACGCUCCACCUUCGCGUCUACAACAGCGGCGUGUCCAACUGGGGAGCCUGCACGGGCAACCUUAAGUGCUCGAACCCGACAAGCGUCUGCGUCAAGUACUCCCAGUACUACGCGCAGUGCAAGCCCAAGACUCUGCCCCAGGGCGAACUGUGCGGCCAGAACGACGACACCAAUGUGUGGAAGUACGACCGCUGUCCGAGCAACCAGCAGUGCAAGGCUGUGGGCACCGACUUCCGCUGCAGCAACAAGAGCCGCCGCCACAAGAAGGACGCUUCGUGCACUAUUACGAACGAGUCGCAGUGUGACGGUCAAAAUUGGACGGGAAGCAGUUGCUGCGCUGACCCAAGCUACGAGUGCCGCUGGUCCGACGAUGGACAAAACGUCAAGCGCUGCCAGAAGAUUGCCGACGAUGAUAGUGACAGCGAGGAUGUGGGGAUCGUCGACGACGACAGCGACUACAGCGACAGCGAGGACAGCGUUGAUUCCGGCAGCGAGGACUACUCCACGUACGUUGACGAUUGGGGCAACUGCACUGAGGACGAUGUUGGCUGCUCGAACCCGACUAGCGUCUGCGUGCAGUACUCGGACUACUACGCACAGUGCAAGCCCGAGACGCUGCCUUCCGGCGAGCUGUGCGGCCAGGACGACGGCACGAAUGUGUGGAAGUACGACCACUGCCCCAGCGGCGAGACGUGCACGGCCGAGGGCUCGGACUACCGCUGCAAGGCGUAA